AUGAAUCAAAAAGCAUUCCUGCUCGGCUCUCCAGACCCACAAGAAGAAGAGCUUGACGCCGAGAUCCGCUCCAUUCGCGCAGAGAUCUCUACCCUCAACCACCGCAAAAGAAUCCUAACAACAAGCCUCCUCUCAAGUCCCAGAAUCAAAACCCUCCUCCAAAACCAAACCCCAACGACGACAAAAACCCUCACAACCCUAAAAGAAGACCUCUCUCCACUAGCAACAGCAGCCGGCGCCCACACCACUGCCAAUCACCACCGCAUCGCCUUCGGCGCAACGGUAUUCCCAUUCAAAGAUCCCGCGCCGAAUUGCCCGGAUCCGAAUCUGUUGGGUAUACGUAUUGACGUUUGUGCGCGGAAUGGCCGCUUCGCGAAACCUUAUUAUGUGCUUUUGCGACAGGAGCGGAGUCGGCAGCAGCAGCAGCACCGCCAGCAAGGAGGGAAUGGGAAUGGGAAAAGACUCUGCGUCCAUCGACAUACGAUUCCGGCUUUUAUUUCGGUGGAUAGAUUGGCGGGUGUUUAUUUGCCGUUAUCUUCUUCAUCAUCAUCACAAUCGCGUCAUGGGAAUGAGGGCGGGAGCGGGAGUUCUGGGUCUGAAUCUGAGAGUGAUGGUGAUGGUGAUGAGAGUGUUCCGAUGAAACCAGGACAAGCGCGCAGUACGAGGAGAAAGCAAGAUCUACGUGGUUUUGUGCGCGAAUUGAGGAGGGAAUUAGUGGCCUGGCAUCUUCGUUCCGAUGCGGUGGUUUUUCUGCAGGAGAAGUUGGGACUUAUUCGUGAUUCCGGCUCUGAAACGGACGCAAAUACAAAGGCGGACGAAGAAGAAGAGCAACAGCAGCGGCUCUGGGCCGACGAGAAGUCCCCGCCUCGGAACGAUUUGGGGAUUAUUGGGUUAGAAGCUACGGCUGUUGAGGCGCGGUAUGUGCGGAUGGAGUGGGAGGAUGGUCGACUGGGACGGUUUAAGCUGUCUAAUGCGGGACUUGUGGAGCGGGCUGUUUUCAUGAAUGAUCGCGGUCGUGAUAAGCAGGUUGAGGAUGCUGUUACUGGAGGUGGGGGGGAGGGUGGAAUCGCUUUUUGA